AUCUUCAAAAAAUGCUGAAGAGUGGUGCAGGGGAAGAUUUAAAAAUUCUGAAUCCAGCAAAUCUAGAGAAUGAGCAAAGAGGAACGGAUCAAUGUGAAACUACGAUUACAAAAAGUCUAGUUGAGAAGAAAAAGAAGAAAAUCUGGUCUUCUAUUUCAUCAGUAGUGAAGGGGGAGAGUAAUAAUGUUUCCCCUUUAUUACUGGGCUAUAAAGGGGAACAAAAACCUAGCUUGAAGGGAGAAAAGAAUAAUCCAGUAUUCUGUUUGAAAGCUGUUCGAAAAUUACGAGAAUUAUCUUCUGAUUGUGGAUCAGAGAUUUAUUACUCAUUCUUCCAACCAAAUAGAAACACAAGAUGGAGUGAAGAAUGGUUAAGUGAAUGUGAGUUUGCCCUACUACAACUCAAAUAUCCCACAUCCAGUGCCAGCUGUUUGAUGUCAGUUGAAAAAUCAGUUUAUACGCCUAUUAUCUACACGCUCCCUAAAAAGGCUAAAAAUGUGCCAAAAACUCUUUUCGCGGCAAAACUGAACAAACUCCGCCUUCCGCCAAAGCUGACUGAUGAAAAUCAAGAGACUGAUGCCGAGCUUGUAAACGAGACAAAGCAAAUACAACAAGUUCAGCCAAUCAAGGCUAAUAAUGAACAACAAAAAGACUGGGAGGACAAUGAGUUUAAAGUGUUCAGAGGAAGAAAAGGAUUGGAAGUCAAAAUACAAAGAGGUUUAUUUAGAGAGAUCAAAAGCAUUUGUCCAGACAAUCAAAAAGAAGGUAGUGAAGAAGAAGUAAAUGAUGAAGAAUAUAGAAUAAUACUUUGUUUCUGCACUCUUCCAACAAUAGAGCAAAAUAACGAGAUUAAACUAGAGAAGACCUGGAGAUAUUGGACUGGGGCAAGACGAAUCUAUAGAAAUCUGAAUCAAGAGUUUAACUUAAAGAAAAUCACAUUCUUCAAGGAAGGCUAA